AUUACAAAAGUUAUUUUUAUUAAAAUGAUCAAAAUUUAGCUAAAGCUAGUAUUUAAAGAUACGGUUACAGUUAUAGUAAAACAAAAGGCUGUGAAAUACACAACACACUUAUAAUGCUAUAAACAUUUAGCAAAUGAGGGAUUGCUGAGCAAUUACCCUGAUUCAAAGUCAGCCAUACUUUUUCACUGAGGUGAACCUAAGGGUUCGAGCAUUAGAAAAUAAAACUACAGAUAAGAAAUCUUGAAAUGAAUGUGUUUUCUAAAAUCUCUACGGUGCAUUAAGUGAGGGAUAAUGUGAUAAAGAAAAAAGAUCACCAAACAGGGCCCAAUGCGAAGCACAUUAUCACACUUAUUUUACUGCCACAUGCUAAAUAAACAAACCACUUGCCUCACAAUAGUAAUUGAAAAUGAUUUGAUUGACUUGAAAAUGAACGUAUUGCUUCUGCUAAGAAAAAAACGAACUGCGGCAACAACAACAACAACAACAUAUCUUAAACUGACAGCAGCACUGAUGGAGGUUUUCUGUAACUGACAAGUCUGUUCACAUUUUCUUUUCCACUAACCAGUCUUUAAAAACUGCCAGAGCCAUUACUGUGUUCUUUAUUGUUUACUUCCUGUCUGUCUUCUUCUGCUGUUCCUGUUAGUGUUUACUUCCUGUCAGUCUUCUUUUGGAGAUUUCUCUGCCGACCAGCGAUCUUAAGAUCUUUCCUUCUCUUCCUUGAUCCUCCUUAUCAAAUCAGAAUUGAGUAUUCAACUAAGCUUUUAAUUAUUCAGGAUAUUGCAAUGAAGGCAUAAGGAUGAAGACAUGCUCUCUUGAGUGUGAGGGUGUGUUGGACAGCCAGAAGCUGCGCCUGUGCCGGGACCUCCUGCUGGACGAGGAGACCCAGACCCCCCUGGAUCCUGAUCCCCGCCAGGAGCAGGAGGCAGCGGGCGCCAUGGCAGCUGCCGAUGUGGACGCAGAGUCACCAGAACACCAGCUGGCCAAGAAGUACGGCGGCUUCAUGAAGCGCUACGGGGGCUUCAUGUCCCGCCGCUCCCCCCCCUCCCCAGAGGAUCCAGGAAACCAGGAGGAGGAAGACAACAUCCGCCUGGGGAUCCUAAAGAUCCUCAACGCUGCAUCCGAGCAGGGGGGGGAGGCGGUGAAGAGGUACGGGGGCUUCAUGCGUCGCGCGGAGGGGGGGGUCCCGCAGAGCGACCUGCUGGAGGCCAUUUUGGGCCGCGGGCUGAAGAAGCGCUACGGAGGCUUCAUGAGGCGGGUGGGCAGGCCGGAGUGGCUGGUGGAGAGCAGCAAGAGUGGGGGGGUGUUGAAACGGGCCUGGGAGAACGGCAGCGAGAUACAGAAGAGGUACGGGGGCUUCAUGGACUAGGAUGCCACGGUUAUGACCCUUCAACCCCCGUCUCCCCAAGCAGUCCCCCUGUAAUCUGGACCUGGUGUUUGAAUCAACUGCUUUGUAUAACUUCUGCUACUGUAAUGAUAAAAAAAAGAUAAACGUGUGUUGUUCAGAUGUGCACAAAUCAUUUUCCGUCUGUUUUUUGAGUUUCAUGAUGAUAUUAUUUAUUAAAAUAAUCUGUUGAUCAAGGA